AUGAAUAUUUCCGGUUACGCGUUUAUCAUCGGCGGUGGAAGCGGCAUCGGCCGAGCGUGCAGUAUAGGACUUGCAAAAGACGGCGCCGCCGGUGUUCUUGUCGCCGAUCUGAGCCUCUCUGCAGCAACCCAGGUUGCGGUCGAAUGCAAAGCAGCAGCUACUGCAUCGGACUUUAAAGUCGAAGCACUGCAGAUUGAUGUGACCAACGAAAUUUCCGUGGAGGACGCGACUGAGCACAUGCUGGCAACCUUUGGGAGAAUUGACUACUGUGUCAAUUGUGCAGGGAUCGGCGUCGAAACACCCGGUGCCAUCGCCGAAGCCGAUAUUGCCGAAUUCAGACGCUUCCUCAAAGUCCACGUUGACGGCACGUUUCUGGUCACCCGCACCGUGUCAGCCGCGAUGAAACACCAGGAGCCCAGAUUGAAUGGAGGCCCGGGGUCCGGACGGGGUUCAUCCCGCGGGUCAAUUGUCAUCUUGGGUUCCGGUGCUUCGCUCGUGGCUACCCCCGGUGUGGUCCAGUAUACAACCGCCAAGCAUGCCGUGUUAGGGCUAGCGAAGAAUGCGGCUCUCGAUAAUGCACCGCAUGGGAUCAGAGUAAACUGUAUCUGCCCGGCAUGGACGGAUACUCCGAUGGUUGACAAGGCCAAAGAAGGUGGCGUUCCCAUAGAUGCACACGUUCAGAAACUGGUUCCGCUGGCGCGAAUGGCAACAGCGGAGGAAAUAGCUGAUGCAGUCAUCUUUUUCUGCAGUCCGCGCUCGAGCUAUGUGACUGGGUGUGGGUUUGUUAUUGACGGGGGUGCUACACUAAGUUGUGCUCGCUAG